AUGCUCGGGGAGUUCGUCUCGCGGCUGCCCAAGAAGGUGCUCGACGCCGUCGACCCCGAGCGCCCGUCGCACGUCGACUUCUCCCGCUCCAAGGGCCUCCUCGAAGGGGAGAGAGAGUACUAUGAGAAACAAUUUGCCACAUUGAGGUCCUUUGAGGAAGUUGACUCACUAGAAGAAUCCAAUGAAAUCAACGAGGAUGAGGAGCUUGCGGAGCAAAUCCAGAGUGAAUUUGCCAUGAAGAUAUCAAAUUAUGCAAACAUUAUUCUCUUAGCGUUGAAGGUAUACGCUACAAUCAAAAGUGGAUCAAUUGCUAUAGCUGCCUCAACACUGGAUUCACUGCUUGAUCUCAUGGCUGGUGGCUUCCAAGUAUUUAUUCAAGCUGUUGAAAAGCUGAUAGUGAAUGAGGCUCCAGACAAACUGAACCAAGUGCAAUUACUGUGGCUAUAUUCAAUCAUGAUCUUUGCAACAGUAGUGAAAUUAGCUCUGUGGCUCUACUGCCGAACGUCUGGUAACAAGAUUGUCCGUGCUUAUGCUAAGGAUCAUUAUUUUGAUGUUGUCACAAAUGUCGUGGGCUUGGCUGCUGCUGUCCUUGGUGAUAGAUUCUACUGGUGGAUUGACCCAAUUGGUGCAAUUGCCCUUGCAGUGUACACAAUUUCAAACUGGUCCGGAACGGUGUGGGAAAAUGCAGUAUCACUGGUAGGUGAAUCAGCUCCUCCGGAGAUGCUUCAGAAGUUGACAUAUCUGGCUAUCAGACACCAUCCUCAAAUUAAGCGCGUUGAUACAGUUCGGGCAUACACCUUUGGGGUGCUUUACUUUGUUGAGGUUGACAUCGAGCUCCCAGAGGACUUGCCACUUAAGGAGGCGCACGCCAUCGGAGAAUCUCUCCAAAUCAAGAUUGAGGAGCUCCCUGAAGUCGAGCGAGCAUUCGUUCACCUCGAUUUCGAGUGUGACCACAAGCCGGAGCAUUCAAUUCUCAGCAAGCUUCCCAGCAGCCAGCCUUGA